AUGCUCGAGAAUUGGUGUUGGAUGAAAGAUGUCCUGAAGGGACUCAGCUGUCAUUACACCACACUACACCAGAAUUAUCUAGCAGACUGGCGCAAACAACAUCCUGGCGAGCCAGAUCCGCCAAAGGAAAUUCCAAAUGACUUGGUAGAGAGCCUCAUCAAAUAUCGGUACUUCAACAGGGGACUUUACCAUUUGUAUCAGCUGUCAAUAUCGAUCUUUGAUCUACAGAUACACUCACUAAGUACGGACAAGGAGAUUGCAGGCCUCGAUCUACAAAAACUGUGGUAUGACCUACGUGAGGAGAUAGAGGGAAUGGAUUUUUCUGAAUGCAGAAAUGGGUUUGCGUUUGGGACGUUCGCUCAUCUAACGGCUGGUUAUGAUGUGCAUACGGACUGGACCUUACGUGAAAAUGGUACCCCUGUCUUUGAAAACACCAUUAACACCGGACAACUGUACUUUGAGGAGGAAGUCGAGGAGAAGAUCAUGGGUAUGGAGCCCUAUGCCUCUCACACGCAGAUAAACCGUACUACAAACGCCGAAGAUAUGGAGUUCUCGAAGAGCACGGUGAACGGCUUCAAUCCUGUUGUCUCAGUCGUGCAAAUUGAUGACAACGAUCUUUCCAAGGGGUUGGUCGGGUAUAUCACUCUCGGAGUGGAUAGUACUGCCAUUAAAGACGAGAAUUGGCCGGUUUCUUAA